GGGAGCGCCGCAGUGGCCGCCGCCUGCACCGCCCGGCCCCGGAGCCGCCGCUUUGCCCGCUUGCUGGGCACGAUCAGAGCGCCGCGCGCGUCGCCCGCCCCAGCUCUUCGGUGCUAGUCCACGGCCGGCCUCGAGGAGCCCGGCCGCCGCCCGGGCCAGGCAGCUCCGCUCUCGGACAGCCGCGCUCCGGGUCACAGGAACUUAGGCAGGACCCCGCCAAGACCCGUGUGUGGAGCUGCAUCUGGAGCCCCGCGGCUAUGCCCUGUGCUCCCCUCCCUGCCGGCCGCUGGUUCUGCGUCCCGGCCCGGCCACCGACGGCUGCGCGUUGAGAUGACUUUCCGCGAUCUCCUGAGCGUCAGUUUCGAGGGACCCCGCCCGGACAGCAGUGCAGGGGGCUCCAGCGCGGGAGGCGGCGGGGGCGGCGCGGGCGGCGCGGCCCCCUCGGAGGGCCCGGCGGUGGGCGGCGUGCCGGGGGGCGCGGGCGGCGGCGGCGGCGUGGUGGGCGCAGGCAGCGGCGAGGACAACCGGAGCUCCGCGGGGGAGCCGGGGAGCGCUGGCCCGGGCAGCGACGUGAAUGGCACGGCGGCCGUCGGAGGACUGGUGGUGAGCGCGCAGGGCGUGGGCGUGGGCGUCUUCCUGGCAGCCUUCAUCCUUAUGGCCGUGGCAGGUAACUUGCUUGUCAUCCUCUCAGUGGCCUGCAACCGACACCUGCAGACUGUCACCAACUAUUUCAUCGUGAACCUGGCCGUGGCCGACCUGCUGCUGAGUGCCACGGUACUGCCCUUCUCGGCCACCAUGGAGGUUCUGGGCUUCUGGGCCUUUGGCCGGGCCUUCUGCGACGUGUGGGCCGCCGUGGACGUGCUGUGCUGCACGGCCUCCAUCCUCAGCCUCUGCACCAUCUCCGUGGACCGGUACGUGGGCGUGCGCCACUCACUCAAGUACCCAGCCAUCAUGACCGAGCGCAAGGCGGCCGCCAUCCUGGCGCUGCUUUGGGUCGUAGCCCUGGUGGUGUCCGUAGGGCCCCUGCUGGGCUGGAAGGAGCCUGUGCCCCCUGACGAGCGCUUCUGCGGUAUCACCGAGGAGGCGGGCUACGCUGUCUUCUCCUCCGUGUGCUCCUUCUACCUGCCCAUGGCGGUCAUCGUGGUCAUGUAUUGCCGCGUGUACGUGGUCGCGCGCAGCACCACGCGCAGCCUCGAGGCGGGCGUCAAGCGUGAGCGAGGCAAGGCCUCCGAGGUGGUGCUGCGCAUCCACUGUCGCGGCGCGGCCACGGGCGCCGACGGGGCGCACGGCAUGCGCAGUGCCAAGGGCCACACCUUCCGCAGCUCGCUCUCCGUGCGCCUGCUCAAGUUCUCCCGCGAGAAGAAAGCGGCCAAGACGCUGGCCAUCGUCGUGGGCGUCUUCGUGCUCUGCUGGUUCCCUUUCUUCUUUGUCCUGCCGCUCGGCUCCUUGUUCCCGCAGCUGAAGCCAUCGGAGGGCGUCUUCAAGGUCAUCUUCUGGCUCGGCUACUUCAACAGCUGCGUGAACCCUCUCAUCUACCCCUGUUCCAGCCGCGAGUUCAAGCGCGCCUUCCUCCGUCUCCUGCGCUGCCAGUGCCGUCGUCGCCGGCGCCGCCGCCCUCUCUGGCGUGUCUACGGCCACCACUGGCGGGCCUCCACCAGCGGCCUGCGCCAGGAUUGCACCCGGAGCUCGGGCGACGCGCCUCCCGGAGCGCCGCUGGCCCUCACCGCGCUCCCCGACCCCGACCCCCCAGGCACGCCGGAGAUGCAGGCUCCGGUGGCCAGUCGUCGAAAGCCACCCAGCGCCUUCCGCGAGUGGAGGCUGCUGGGGCCUCUCCGGAGACCCACCACCCAGCUGCGCGCCAAAGUCUCCAGCCUGUCGCACAAGAUCCGCGCCGGGGGCGGGCAGCGCGCAGAGGCAGCGUGCUCCCAGCGCUCAGAGGUGGAGGCCGUGUCCCUAGGCGUCCCCCACGAGGUGGCCGAGGGCGCCGCCUGCCAGGCCUACGAAUUGGCCGACUACAGUAACCUGCGGGAGACUGAUAUUUAAGGACCCCAGAGCUAGGCGGCGGAGUGUGCUGGGCUUGGGGGUAAGGGGGACUAGAGAGGGAGGCUGGCGUUUUUCUAAGAGACUCCGUGCAAAUCGGAGACCCGGAAACUGAUCAGGGCAGCUGCUCUGUGGCAUCCCUUAGGAACUGGGUGGAGCUUGAGACUGGAGCCCUUGAAAGGUGAAAAGUCAUGGAGCCCCCUGCUGGUCCCAGGUGCCCAGAACUCUUUUCUUAGAAGGGAGGGGCUGCGGGCUCCGUGGGGCCAUUUGCUCCCAAUCCCUAUUUGAGAAACACUGCCCCAUCCUCCAUGCCCUGAACCCUGAGUAGACAGCCCCAGGCAUGGCCAGGAAGGCCUGCCCCUCCUCUUCUGGGGAAUGGGCACAGAAGCUUUGGCCGGCUACCCCAGUGCUUCCCUUAGGGAAAAAGUCAGUGGGACCAGGGCUCCUCAAUGGACAAAUUUCUCCUUCUUACUGCCGACUGGAGGAACCCAGUGGACCUACCACCACCACACAAGCUUUGGUGGUAGAUUGUAUGGCCGUCAUACAAGCCUGUUGUAUUUAUCCAUGGACCCACUCUUCGCCACCCAGGCUCCUCCGUGCACACCCCAUCACCUGGCCCUAGCCCUUAUUACUUCCCCUCAAGGGCCUUACUGUUUACACUCUGUACAUAGCUCAUCGUGCCUGUGCCCAUCACUUCUUGCUGGGAUUGCGAGCCACCAAUUGGAGAGCUUUAUUUGUCAUUUUGAGACAUAUUUAUUGGUAAGAGUACUUCUAUUUUGUCCAAACUGUGCAAACUGUCCCUCUUUAGCUCAUAACCCAUUAAAAAAAAAAAAACAAAAAAAAAAAAAACUACUUUUUUCCCCUAAAGUCUGUCAAGAACUAAAGAUCCGCAACGGAAUAGAUUGGGUCUACAUUCGCC